GUCUGAAAUUGAUAUCAAAUUGUUUCAACUUGUUCCGUGGAUACCAGUCAGUAUACAAGGUAACAUCUUUAACGCGAAAAUACUUUAUCGGUUCUAUUGGCGAAAAGAUUUACCCGAGCGCCUUUGCCUGACCAACCAAAGUUUUAUGAAAUUGGAAUAAAGCAGUUGUAAUAAUACGACAGCAAACUACAAGUAUCAACGGUCUAAAGUAAGAGAGCAGAAUUUUACCAUCUUAUUGACAUUCGUGAUAUAGAAGCCUUUUAGAGACCUAUCCGAAGCAAUGGAAUAUACGGAUUUUACGUUCUCGAUGCCAACUUGCUAUCAACUAGGUAUCCCAAAAGAACCUUCUCCGACGGAAAUCCAAAGUAUGGCCUACCCUUUUCCCCCUCAGAUGGUCCCUGUCCCUCAUCCUCUCUACGACUGCAACCUUGAACCUGCGUUCAUACGGAAACGAAACGAGCGAGAAAGAAUUCGUGUACGACAUGUGAACGAAGGCUACGCGAGACUCCGGGAAAGGCUGCCGAACGAGCCGACCGAAAAACGCAUGUCGAAAGUUGAGACUUUGCGUGCUGCCAUUCGCUAUAUUCGAAGAUUAGAGAUGCUACUUGAUAACGCAAAGGACAAGUCAGUUUUGCCGGAAAAGAACACGAUUGAGAAUAAUGAUCUCAAAUGAAUUUCGCCGCGAAACAGAAAAUCAAGUCGGUUGCGCAGAUUUUCAUCACAUGCUAUACCGUCGUAGAAAUAUCAGACUUUAGCUCAGAAAGUACAGCUAAACAAAUUAAAACAUAAAACACUAUAUGUUAUGCAUAUAAAUUUUGGCUUAUUUAUUUAAGGACUGUUAAAAGACUUAUUAAAAGACUUCUCAAGGCUGGCAACGGAAUAUCUUUAUCAAAUCCGUCAAAACAGUAUUGUUGCAACUUAAAAAGUGGACACUAUAGCUCAUUAAGAAUUUCAAUUUUCUCUUUAUUUAAAAAUAACUUAACGGACGUAUACAUUUCUAAUAACAUAGUAACUUUUUCUCAUUAAAACAAAAUCCCCUUAUUAGUUUUGUUUAUAUAGCCAGACGCUUAGUAACGUCUACGCGUCUGCGAAUAGAGGCCACUGAAAAUCGCGGGUAUUAAAAUAUGAUUCGUUUAUAUAAAUAAAAAAGGCUUUGAAUGCAUGGCUCAAACGAUAGAUUGUAUAUUUUUAACGUAAAACUUGUGUAAAUAGUAUUGGCUAUCAAGCCGUUUUGCUUCUUCGGUAAUAUGCUCUUUUCGAAUUCAUGAAUAUUAAAAUUGUCAGUUCAAGCGAAUUAAUAUGUGACAGUAAUUCAAGCUGUGACCAAAAGUUGCAAAUUGCAUGUUUUCGCUCGCUGUUGCAAAUAAAUGUAUCAGC